AUGCUGCUCCCCUUCCUCGUUGCAUGCUGCUCAGGAGCUGUCGUGCUAGCUUCUCAGCACCCUCUGUCGCCUCCUCCUCUGCAGUUCGAUAACUCAAGCGCGCCAUUCAUCUUCAACUCACUCUCAUCGCUGCUCGUUCAAUGGCCUAACACUUACCACGGGAACGGUCACACCGUCAUUCCUGGCAUCCUAGAGCCGUAUACCCUUCUCUAUCAUGCACGCAAGGACACAGCUUCCCCUCCUCCCUCCCCGGAGUGGUUUGCAUUUGAUCCUGAGAUGAGCUACGGCAUCAUGGCUGGACGUCGUGGGCAGACGUUUUUGCACACAUAUCGGAACAUACGGCCGGCUCGAAUUGUUUACUUUGACGGUAUGAGCGCUGCGCUAAACCAGAUGGGGUGGCUGGACAGCCAGGAAAUUCUCUUCAAUAAUGGCUCGGACCGCUCUGACGGCUACCCUUCUUUAAAUGAGUAUGAUCGAGCGCGGAAGCUUUGUGCAUGGGGUCAAGAGUUCGGCGUGGAAGGUUUUGUGCGCAUGAAUGCAGGAUUCGAGCUAAUGUGGUGUGACUUCCGCUCGCCUACGAUACAACUUGUCAGCCAUUUGAACAUCACGGCACCCGGGACGCCUCCAGGCUCGUCAGAUAUGCCACCUGGCCCCCCACCCGGCAGUGGCCGUCCUGUUCCCCCGACUGGUCCUCCUGGCAGAGAUGCUCCCACCCGCGGCCGUCGCGGCGGGAUGGGUGGCUGGUCUCCGUUCGGCAUGACUGGCUUCAGCGAAUGGCUGCGCGCGGCCUCACAGCGCGGCACAGUCCCGCAGCCGCACAUUUUGCUUGACUAUGCAUCACUUGUCACGUUCUACCAUCCGCGCCUGCGCAGCCUCGCGCAAACCCGUGAAGGCCAGCCCAUGCGCCAGCACCGCAUUUGGACGAAUAUAUCUGAUGCAGACGCGCAGUCUGUGGUCGACGAGAUAGAGGACGUGCUUGGGCGACCACCUUGGCGGCGCGUGGGCAGCGGGAUGGACUGGGGUGCGCUUACUCGCAAUGUGGUGGAGGAAUGGGCGAGUCGUGUUGUCCAGCUGCACGAGUUCCUCGGGAACGCGUCGGCCGAGCUCGACAGCGGAGCUAGUGUCAACACGACCGCCACACUUCAAUUCGUGCGCCGCCUGACGUACUCGCCGCUGAAUCCGUUCAUGGACACCGGCGCGUCGUCGAACUCGACCGCGUGGGAUUGGUUUGGCAGCCUUAGUGUGUCGUCGGAAGACAUGUUUGCGGAACAGUUCCCGCCACAUCGUUCCCCGCCACCGCCGCCGCAUCCGGUGGCCGGCGCGAAUGCGAGCGCUUUGCGCCGCUGUAUGUAUUCUGCGACGGGAUUCUUGAACGACCCGCGGAUUCACAAGACGCCACAGGAGCUGCUUCUGCAGGCGAGCGUCGAGACCGUGCUGCAGCGCCUGUGCUCCGAUUAUGGCGCGAUUUUCAUCGAGAGCAUGGAUGCGGACGAACAUUCACCGCGCGCCGACGUGCGCGCGAUGGUGGGCCGCUGGGAGACACGCGUCGCUUCACUCAUGGAGUGGCUUGACUGGACGGAAUGGCUGAGAUGCGAUGAGGUGUGCCCCCGGAAUACUGUCUGCGCGAUGCCCAUGUGGCCUCUAGCUAAUUUCGGACGGCGCCGUCGGGUGCCAGGCGAGCCUGAGCCCGAACCUGAGCCCGAGAAGCCGGAGGAUUGGAAACCACGCUGCAUGUCGCUGGUUCCUGAGGUUCCCUCCGAGCCAGGAGGCCCGCGGAUCACGGAGAUCAUGGAUGCAAGGUCAAGGGAAGGCGCACGGUAA